CUACGAGAGCGAGCCUGUCGAGAGAAUCGAGCAGCAUUACGAGAGUCGAGUGCGUGUGUGUUGUUCCUGCUAGGCAUAUAAUCAACGGUGGGAUAAGCCAUCAUCUACGUGGCGAGUGUAAGUGAACGUGCGAGCUCGUUUGGCUACGUCGUCGAACGGCGUAACCAGGCGUUACUCCGCUGUGCUGAAGCCUUCGUCAAAUAAGUGUCGCGCGGGUCGCGCCGCGUCGCCGCCAGCAGCGCAGCCUCCCUCGGUAGCAGCAGCAGCAGCAGCGUUGCAGUCCCAAUAAGAGUGUGCGUGUGAGAGAGAAAGAAAGAGAAAACGAGCGAAAGAGCGAGGAGGAGAAAGGAAGAGUGUGUGGCAUGUGGACGAGGUGCUUAGCGGGUCAGGUGGCAGCCUCGCUCCCGGAGCCGUGAUGCUGCCGGUGACUGUGUGCUCUGUUCACUGAACCUAACUCCUGCUAGAGAUCAGCCAACAAGAAAAGAUAGAGACAGUGUCUUGUGUGGACAAAUAAGAGACCGCGUGCGCGUGAGAGAUAACUAGCGAGAGAGCGAGGAGCAAAUCGAGUAUCGAUAAGAGACACUUGCAACGAAAAUCGGCGGGGCUUGUGCCUGCCACCGAUGGACAAACGGAAGAUGAUGCCCAAACGCCCUCGUAUGGAAAACCUCAGAGGCCCCAUCACCAAUGGGCCCAUCCAAACGAGACCUCUUGUCGCUCUGCUCGAUGGACGCGACUGCUCCAUCGAGAUGCCCAUACUCAAGGACGUCGCCACUGUGGCCUUUUGUGACGCACAGUCAACGUCUGAAAUACACGAAAAGGUGUUGAAUGAAGCAGUAGGUGCACUCAUGUGGCACACCAUCAUCCUGACCAAGGAGGAUUUAGAAAAGUUCAAAACUCUUCGGAUCAUUGUCAGAAUUGGCUCAGGAGUGGACAACAUUGAUGUCAAAGCAGCUGGCGAGCUUGGCAUCGCAGUGUGCAAUGUGCCUGGCUACGGCGUUGAAGAGGUGGCCGAUACCACUCUCUGCCUCAUUCUUAAUCUUUAUAGACGUACAUAUUGGCUAGCAAAUAUGGUUCGCGACGGCAAAAAAUUCACAGGACCAGAACAGGUAAGAGAAGCAGCGCAAGGAUGUGCUAGGAUACGGGGCGAUACACUUGGAAUUGUAGGACUGGGCAGGAUUGGAUCAGCUGUUGCUCUGCGUGCAAAAGCUUUUGGAUUUAAUGUCAUAUUCUAUGAUCCUUAUCUUCCUGAUGGUAUUGAAAAGUCUCUUGGUCUGACAAGGGUUUACACAUUGCAAGAUCUAUUAUUCCAAUCGGACUGUGUAUCUCUACACUGUACUUUGAAUGAGCACAAUCAUCACCUAAUUAAUGAAUUCACUAUCAAACAGAUGAGACCAGGAGCAUUCUUGGUAAACACAGCUCGUGGAGGACUUGUAGACGACGAUGCACUAGCUGCUGCGUUAAAACAGGGUAGAAUCCGAGCAGCCGCCCUUGACGUCCAUGAGAAUGAACCAUACAAUGUCUUUCAGGGUCAGUCUCCCUGCAGUCCGCUAAAGGACGCACCAAAUUUACUAUGCACGCCUCAUGCUGCAUUCUAUAGCGAUGCAAGCUGCACGGAACUCCGUGAAAUGGCAGCGAGCGAAAUACGACGAGCAAUAGUCGGUCGUAUACCCGAUUGUUUGAGAAAUUGCGUCAAUAAAGAAUACUUCAUGUCAACUACUGGCAGCUACACGGAGGGCAUCAACGGCGGCUACUACGCGGGCGGUUUGCCAGUGCAGCAAGCCCACUCGACAACACCUCACGACUCGGGUCCUCCGGUUGGUGGGGGUGGCGGUGGCCCCACGAGCCACUCGGCAGCCGCAGCCGCCGCGGCAGCAGCGGCCGCAGCGGCGGCAGCGGCCCAACCUCCGAACCCUAACGCGCAACCGAGCGCCAACCCGACCCCCGUCUCGCAAGCCCCACCGCCUGGUGCCCAACUACCGGGACUUCCGCACAGCAUGGUCAGCGAGCCUGAUCCACGGCCCAGCCCUCCGGCGCCCAGCCCACGUUGACCUUGAACGACCACCUCUACCACCAGCCAGCAGCCACAGCUACUACUACAGCAGCAGCAGCCUCGUCUUCUUCAACUUCAGCAGCAGCAUCCAUUAUAACAAGACAGCCACCACAACAAACCACUACCAUCGACGACCUCCAACUAUAUCACCAACGACCACAAUCAUCAACAUCAUCACACUAUUCUUCCCAAUUCUGCAGCGGCCACAGAUAUCACCACCACCAACAACAAAACGCUCUGUCUUCUUUCUAUGUCUACUGUUAUCUCUACUCUUACUAAUUCAAACCUCCACGUCGGUCGACUUUACCAAAAUGUCACAUGCCUUGUAUACUAUACAUGCACACUCUUUUACUCACAUUGGACACGCAGCUGCUAACCAACUACUAUUAAGUCAGAGUGCCGAGAAUCCCCACACACAACAAACGCUCGUUCACGUACAUGCAUUCACAGAGUACACAAUACAAAAACACGCGUGAGAACGAGAGAGCAAGAAUGUUUUUUUGAGCGUUAGAUGAACACGCGGCUCCGUGCCGAUUUGCGUGUAUAACUGGCUCACGCCUCUGUUUAGCUUUUUCUUUAUCCAAUUAUCAAUUGUAGACUACUCCAUUUUCUUUCAUGCUGGACGUCGUAGACUCACAGACAUACAUAUAUUGCAAUCUAUAACAUGCGAAGGCACGGAGCUGUCAUUUUUUGAUUUGCGAAAGCGAUUCAUUGUGUAUUCCUUGAAUAACCUUUUAGUUCAAAAGAGUUUCUGUUUAUCAUUUUGAAGCACAAACACACAUUUUUUUCUUAACUUGGCUUUAUUUUCCUCAAGCGGGCUCAUGGUAUCAAGCCGAGUUUAACUGUUUAAUCUUAUAAAGAGAUAAUUUUUUUCUUUCUUUCAAGUUUUUUUUAAUUAUUUCUUUCCCUUGUCUUAAGUAGAAGACUGCUGUGUCAGUAAUUCAUUGUUAGUAUGUUCGGUCCGAUCACGCUGGUACGAGCUGAUGCUCCAAGUUUGCAUUGCGCGAGCAUUUAUAUUAUUAAACGUCGGAAAAUUUUGAUUUGUACUUCUAUUUUUUGGGUUGUUUUUUUCGUUUUCGACUAACACGAAAGAUGAAUUCCAUGCAUAUAUAAGUGAGACAAUCUAACGUGAAGUAAAAACAAAAUAAAGUAAUUCAGAAAAAAAGCUUAUGAAACAUAGAUUGUAUAUUGAAAAGUUGAUGAAUAUUUUAUAUCUGUCUUGGUAUCGUUAUGAUUUAAAGUUAACUGCGUCUGUAAUGUGCGUUUACUUUGUAUGUUUCGGAGUUUAAGAAGCUUUGUCAAGGCGUAUCCCGACCGUUUCGAUAUAAAAGUUCAAGAAAAGAAAAACAGAAACAUCAAAGCUGUGCCACAGUGUCUUUAAAACGAUGAACUUUAGUUGUACGAAUCGACGCUAUAUCAAUUCAUGGCGGAUAACAUCACCGAUGUUACAUCAAGUAUUUUUUGUGCAGAAUGAUAUAAAUUUGAUUUGAGAUAGCUUUUGUUUUACAAUCACUAUCGAUUCCAUGAAUCAUACUGAAUUUUGAAAAAUAGAUAUCGUGAGCAUGAAUUAUAACUCUGAUCUAUAUGUACCGUUGAAAAAUUCAAUAUAUAAUAAUAACAAUUGACUUUCUUUCAUUUGUAUUUUCAAACUUUCAGUAUGGUCUGUCCUUCAUACUCUUAUACGAAUGAACGAAAUUAUUUGACUGAGAAUAUUUCAUAGAUUUAGUAUACAUAAAAAAUCGUCACGGUAACGGCAGAUUUUUAUUAACUCAGUUAUCAAAUGCUAUACAUAAACUUUCAACAAUUUUUUCUAUAUAAAUAUUAUGAAGUAGACUAAAAAUUCAUUAAAUAGAAAAUUUAUCGUUUUUUUUGUUUUCCAUUUGU